AUGCCGCCCUUUCCAGCAUCAUCGAGGGCGGUCGAUGACGGGCCCAUCACUCCCUUGAUCCUACUCCGUGUCUCUCAAGUUGCUGCUAUUGCUGGUCAGCCUAUGCCCGUCGGCGGUGGCGAUCCGGGUUUGGUUUUGGCUCGUGUCUUGCUCGUCCUGCGUGUCUACGACAUUUGCCAUGACGGCGACUGGCUGCAACUGAACCGCACCCAGCUCCCUGCGCUAGGCUAG